CUCUGUGGUCAGGCAGCUUCAUUCAGCGAGUCUCGAAUGUUAACUUUGUGUUUGUAUUUUAAUUUCACAGCUCGUUCGUUGUGGACUUGAAAUUCGUGGUGCGUGUUUACGGGUGGGUUCUUUUUAUUAGAACUGUUUUUUGUAAAACAUCGUCUAGUUAAUAAUCGUUUUAAAAAAUGUUAGACUUUUUAAGUCCUUUUUUGUAUGUGAAUUCAACGCAGUAGUGAAGAAGUGCACUGUGCAACAGGCGAAUUAUAGGGCUCGUGUAAACAGAAGGCCGAGGACUAAAUUGUGAAUUCAAAAUGCCUACGGAUUCGGAAUGCGAUUGCGACUUAGUGUCAAAGGAGUGGCUUUUAGCGAAACUGCGUUCUGACGAGAGAGAUAUGAUUCUGAUAGACUGUCGAGGGUCCAACGAGUAUUCAGUGUCUCACAUACGUUCCGCCGUCAACUUCUCGAUACCGAGUAUAAUGUUGCGCAGAUUAGCUGCAGGCAAGAUCGAGUUGGCCUCUACUGUGCAGUGUAAAGAGCUGAAAGCUCGUAUAACUCAUUGUUGCUCCCGGGGCAUAUUCGUGUUGUACAGCGACGGAGCCCCGCGGGAUCCGGACUCCGUACACGGCAUCCUGCUGAAGAGGCUCAAGCAAGAUGGCGUGCAGGUCGUCUGUCUUGAAGGAGAUUUUGCCGAGUUCCGCCGCGCAUUCCCCGAAUGGUGCAGCGAAGCCAGCGCGCAGCAUGUACCUCAUCUGCCGCUCAUGGGCCUGCGCUCGCUCCGCAUAUCCGGCUCGGGCUGCGACGACGCGCUGUCGUCGGGCUCGUCGUCCGAGUGCGAGGACGCGCACACGCACGUGCCGCAGGACUUCCCCAUCGAGAUCCUGCCCAACCUGUACCUCGGCAACUCCACCAACAGCGAGGACUGCGAGGCGCUCGCCCGGCACAACAUCAAGUACAUACUGAAUGUGACUCCGGACCUGCCCAACACGUUCGAGGCGGACGGCUGCGGCAUCAACUACCUGAAGAUCCCGAUCACUGACCACUGGAGCCAAAACCUCGCUGUACAUUUUCCACAGGCCAUACGAUUUAUCGAGGAAGCGAUGUCGGCGCGCUGCGGCGUGCUGGUGCACUGCGUGGCGGGCGUGUCGCGCUCCGUGACCGUGACGCUGGCCUACCUCAUGCAGCGCCACCGCCUGUGCCUGCGCGACGCCUUCGAGCUGGUGCGCAGCCGCAAGACCGACAUCGCGCCCAACUUCCACUUCAUGCGCCAGCUGCACUCGUUCGAGCGCGACCUCGGCCUGCACGAGCACAGCGCCAGCCUGCCCAAGGUGCUGGAGGCGCUGGGCGCGGGCGCGGCGGGCGGCGGCGCGGCGCCGGCGUGCGGCUGCGCGGCGCGCGCGUGCGCGCUGUGCGGCGUGUCGCCCGACUCCGGCAUCGAGUUCGACCGCUGGAGCGCGGCGCGCGACACACCGCAAUGACAGUUCUUCUCGCCCGCGACCUCCCGCGACCCGCGCUGAGCCGCCCCACCCCCCCCGCACCGCACGACCGAUGCCAGUGUCAUAGUACAAAAUACGCGUGAUGUUGUCACUCUCUGUAG